AUGGCAGAUGUCCUCUCAAAUAACAGGAGGCGAAGACAUAGAGAGCGCAUUCUAAAUGAUAUAGAGGAAGACAUAAAUAAAUUGCGCAUUGGAGGGUUAAGGGACAUGGAUGAUGUCCCGUUAUGGAGAAGCGAAGAAGGAAAAUUUGGAAACCGAUUCUCCACUAAAAAGACAUGGCAUCAGCUGAGGACGAGGCAAUCUAUCUGUCCUUGGAGCAGAGGCAUAUGGUUCCCCGAGUCCACCCCGAAAUACUCAUUUAUGAUCUGGAUUGCAAUAAAGAACAGGUUGCAAACAGGAGAUAAAAUGCAAGCUUGGAAUGCUACCAUAAACGCAGAGUGUACUCUAUGUCAUGAAGUGCAAGAGACUUGCCAUCAUCUCUUUUUCCAAUGUACCUACUCAUCUAAGCUCUGCUGUUUUGAGAUGGGUAAUACGAAAGUCAUUGCAGCUGUUUAUGGCCUUAGAGAGAUUCAAAACAAGAGCCAACAGAAGAAUGGUCAUGCAUUGGUGCUGUGUGAAUAUAGUAUGGCUCAUUUCAAUACGGGUGAUCGUAGAAGACAGAAAAAUGACAUGCGAUCAACAGAGAUAUCUCUUGUCAUCCGUCAGACAAUGGAAGCUUGCAUACUAACCGAACUGUUGCCUCAUUCUCAGAUUGACAUUUUCCUUCAGGUCCUACAAGCUGAUGGAGGAACAAGAUCAGCUUGUAUUAUCAAUGCUGCGACGCUAGUUCUUGCAGACGCUGGGGUUCCGAUGCGUGAUCUUUCUGUUUCCUGCAGUGCUGGAUACUUAAACAGCACUCCACUUCUUGAUCUUAACUAUGUCGAAGACAGCGCUGGAGGAGCUGAUGUAACCGUCGGCAUUCUACCUAAACUAGACAAAGUUACACUCCUUCAGAUGGAUGCAAAGUUACCGAUGGAAACAUUUGAAACGGUCUUUGCCUUGGCUUCUGAAGGCUGCAAAGCGAUUGCAGAGAGAGUACGCAAGGUACUUCAAGAAAACACCAAACAGCUAGAGUAUCGUCGUGCUGCAUAA